CCUUAACUUACAGCAUCAGAGCUCAGCUGAGAGCCUGUGACAUCAGAGCUCAGCUGAGAGCCUGUGACAUCAGAGCUCACCUGAGAGCCUGUGACAUCAGAGCUCACCUGAGAGCCUGUGACAUCAGAGCUCAGCUGAGAGCCUGUGACAUCAGAGCUCAGCUGAGAGCCUGUGACAUCAGAGCUCACCUGAGAGCCUGUGACAUCAAAGCUCACCUGAGAGCCUGUGACAUCAGAGCUCACCUGAGAGCCUGCAGCUCACCUGUCUGUGUGUGUGUUGCUCAGGCUGCUGCUCACAGAAUUUCCAGAAUAAAAUGACGCCUGACUUUAACAAUGUGGUUAAUUAACUUAAUAAAUAAUGUUAAUGUCCUAAUGACACAUACAGUAAGAACUCUGCUGUUGAUCCACUCAGUAAAAGAGGGAGGCAUUUAAUAGUAAAUAUGUUUCCAAGUUUGGAGUGAUGACAGCUCAGCUUACUUACACUUUCUACCUGUAAGCCUGGUCUUCAUAGAUAGAUAGAUAGAUAGAUAGAUAGAUAGAUAGAUACUUGGGCCAGAUGUUUGGCCAAACUAAAACUAGACUGAAAGGAUAAAACAUCUGUAUAGACUUUUAAGGAUAUUGAUUAAAUCUCCCAGAAACCCCUACUUUCCUACAGACCCAGAACGCAGCAUCGUCGCUCAGGGAUGUUUACAUGCGGUUGCCAGGCAACGGCUGUGGAGUGAUUUGGCGUGGACAUACCUGGCAGUCCAGCCCGGUUUUGUCCUACUUUACCGGGUUUAACCUGAUCCACAUCCCGGAUGGCCGGUGCUCUGAUGGACCCGACCCGGGCCCCGCUGGCCUUCGGGCGGCGGGCCGUGCCGCAGCUGUUCGAGCAGCUGCAGAGGCCGGAGACCGGCACGAGGCUGCGGGCUCUGGCUUCACUCUGCGACCUGAUCCACGACCCGGAGCGGCUCUACCAGACUGUUAAAGGAGGUUUUCUGGAGCGGCUGAAGGUUCUGUUGAAGGAUGAAGAUCCAUCAGUCAGAGCGAGGACCUGCGAGCUGCUUCACCUGCUGACGGCCCACAGCGUCGGCAGACAGGCCCUGCUGUCCUCCUCCCUCCUCCCUCCCCUGUCUCAGCUGCUGGGCGACUCCUCGUCCUCCUGCAGGAGAAACGUCCACCGGGUGCUGAACCGCCUCGCCCUGCUGCCAGCUGGUGCAGAGGCUCUCCUGACUCUGGUUCCUAAACUGAUGCUGAAGCUCAGAGAUGAUGAAGAUGAGGAGGAGGAGGAGGAGGAGGUGCAGGUGCUGCUACUCUCCACCAUCAGCUGUUGCUCCAGGCUGGACGCUCUGCCGGCUCUGGCCUCUGAUGGUGUCUCGCUGCUGGGCCACAAACUCUUGCAUCGCUCCCCGAACAUCCGCAGAGAGGCGGCGGCAGCCAUGAUGGCCCUCAGCAUUCCUGAGGACGGAAAGCGGCAGGUGUGCAAGGAGGCGGUGCUUCCUGUCCUGGUUGGUCUGCUGCAGGACGAGGACAUGGAGGUUCAGGCCAACGCUGCAGGAGUCAUCAUGUACACUGUGAUCAUCACCACAGGUAAGCAGCAGUGUCUGGAUUUGGACGUUGUCCCUGUCCUCCUCGCACUGGUGUCCAAGGAGACAGAGGAGGAAGAGGAGGAGGACCUGGAGAGGAGGAGGAGGAGGAAGGCCCUCAUCUUGUACUCCCUGCGCACUCUGACUUCGCUGGCCGAAGCUCCAGACGGGCGCCGCCUCCUGCUGGAGCAGCUGCCGCUGCUGCUGAGGAGGAGCGAGGCUGCAGAGGAGGACCGGGACAUCCGGCGAGCUGCUCAGACCGCCGUCAGGGUUGUCACCUGGACCCCCUGAGACCCUGAUGACCCCUGACCUCCAGUGCAGUCAGCUGAUAAGAUAAUAAAAUUAUUAACUAUAUAUGUCAA